AUGAGAGAUAUAAGGUAUAAGGAACAGGGAAAUAUAAGGUGGUCGGUGGACCCCUUCGGGCACGGGGCGGCAGUCCCCUACCUCCUGAAGGAGUCCGGGGUGAAGGCCACGGUGGUGCAACGCAUCCACUACGCCUGGAAGCAGUGGCUGGCGGAGCAGCAGUUAGGGGACUUCCAGUGGCGUCAGGUGUGGGACGUGAGCGGCGAGGCAGACAUCCUGUGCCACAAUCGCCCCUACGACAUCUACUCCAUCAAGCACUCGUGUGGGCCGCACCCGCAGAUCUGCCUGGGAUACGACUUCAGAAAGGUCCCAGGGGAGUACACGGAAUACACCAUAAAGUCGGUGCCCAUCGACGACCACAACGUGAAGCAGAAGGCGGAGCUUCUCCUGGAGCAGUACGGGCGCACGGGCUCGCUCUACCCUCACAACGUCGUCCUCGUGCCCAUCGGCGACGACUUCCGCUACGACCACGCGUCCGAGUGGGACCAGCAGUACAGCAGUUACCAGCGCCUCCUGACCUUCAUCAACAGCGACCCCAAGUACCACGCCAACAUCCAGUUCGGGACGCUCAAAGACUACUUCAACGAGGUGCAGAACCGCAUGCGCGACUACCCCAGCCUACAGGGGGACUUCUUCGUGUACAGCGACAUCUUCAGCGAGGGUCGGCCCGCCUACUGGAGCGGCUACUACACCACGCGCCCCUACUGGAAGGUGCUCGACCGCCAGCUGGAGGCGUCCCUGCGCUCCGCCGAGAUCCUGUACACGUGGGCCUACGCCUGGGCCGUGCAGGAGGGCCAGAACAGGGUCGUGCAGCUCCUGGAGAAAGACUACGAGAAGCUGGUGCGCGCCAGGAGAAACCUGGCUCUGUUCCAGCACCACGACGCCAUCACCGGCACCUCCAAGGCGUACGUCAUGCACGACUAUGCCAUCAAGCUUCAUGAAGGCCUCCAUGACACGAUCGCGCUGGCGGGAGAGGCAGCCGAGGUGCUGCUGCUCACCCCCGCCGCCAUGGCGACGCUCGACAGCCGCGCCGUGCCCCUGCACCACUUGCAGCCGGACUUCGAGCGCCUCACGUACGAGCGGCUGCCCCGAAAGCUGCCCCGCUCCGUGCCGCGCAACCAGCCGCGCCUCAUCGUGCUGUUCAACUCCCUGGCGCAGCGGCGCUUCGAGGUGGUCAAGGUCCUGGUGACGAGCCUGGACGUGCGGGUGACGGACGAGCACGGCCACGAGGUGCCGGUCCAGCUGAACCCCGUGUGGAACGACACGGGCAGCGGCAUGGCCAUCCUGGCCACGCAGUUCGAGCUGCUGUUCGUGGCCGACCUCGCUCCCCUCAGCGUGAUCACGUACUGCAUCCACCGCACGGAGCGCGCCAACCUGGACAUACGGGCCGCCGUCUACUCCAACAACUACGCUCCGGCGCCCGACCAGAACUACUCGCCGCCCUUCGAGAGCCACGACGUGCUCCCCGGCGACAUCCAGCUGGAGAGCGACCACCUCAAGCUGCUGUUCGACGGCACGACGGGCAUGCUGCGCUCCAUCACCAACAAGGCGAGCGGCCGCGUCACGCAGACGGCCAUCCGCUACGCCGCCUACCCGUCGGCGCAGUUCAAGUCGGGCGCGUACCUGUUCAAGCCCGAUCCCAACGCGCGCGAGCCCGAGGAGGACGUGCUGGCGGGCGCCAAGCCGCGCCUCUUCAUCCACUCGGGGCCGGUGGCGUCCGAGCUCAGCGUCAUGUUCGGCUCCGUGCUGAUGCACACCACGCGCAUCCUGCACGUGGCGCACCAGCCGCUGGCGUCGGCCGUGCACAUGGAGAACACCUUCAACCUCGGCGGCCGCUACAACAGCACGGAGACGCCGGGCUUCCCGCCGCACUUCCGCGAGACGGAGCUGUUCAUGCGCGUCAUGACGGACAUCGACAACGGCGCCGAGCCCACCUUCUACACCGACCAGAGCGGCCUCAACAUGCAGAAGCGCGUGCGCGUGCAGCGCAUCGGCAUCCAGGGCAACUACUUCCCCAUCACGUCGGCCGCCAUGAUCGAGGACAACACCCCCGGGCGGCGCCUCACGCUGCUCACGAACCACGCGGCGGGGGCGGCGUCGUGGCAGCAGGGCUGGCUCGAGGUCAUGGUGGAGCGCCGCACCUUCUACGACGACGCCCGCGGCAUGGGCGAGGGCGUGACGGACCAGAAGCGGACUGUGGGGCGCUACUGGCUGCUCGUAGAGGACACGCGCGGGCCCGAGCCCGUAGCGCGCCUCUCGCUGGCCGCCCACCACCUGGCCAACGACCUCAACUACCCGACGUCGCUGCUCGUCCUCGAGGGCCUCAACGUGGACCAGCUGCGGGCGAGCGCGCACCUGCUCAGCCAGCCGCUGCCGUGCCCGCUGCACCUGGUCACGCUCCGCACGCUGCCCGACCCGCAGUACCCGAGCCUCCUGCCCUCCAAGAACGCCCUCAUGGUUCUCCAGAACCAGGCGCCCUCGUGCUCCACCUCCUCCAGCGUCUCCUCCUGCAGCGGCCUCGGCGACGCGCCGUUCCCGGGCACCGAUCUCUCCCUCCAGGUGUCAGGCAUACAACGGACCUCCUUGACAGGCACGAAAGUCCACGGCACUGUCAAGAGCUUGCCAGAAGUGACUGUUCCUCCCCACAGACUCCGAGCACUCACCCUUACCUUCCCCUCCCCCCCACCGCACCCUCCCCCCGCAGAAUAAAAACUUACACACACCUUU